CCUAGCAACUGGAUCAUGACGUCAUCGUCCCAGAGCGACCCUGCUGCUGUGGCUUUGAUUGGAGGGAAACCCCGUGGAUGAGUGGGAGCCAUCGUCAGCUGUGCGGCCGGGGACUCAGGAGCAGCGCUGUUUGAACCAUUCACCACAGCCCACGCAAGGAGCCAUGGCAGACAAGGAAGAGCAGGUACAGAAGGCCAAACUGGCCGAGCAGGCUGAGCGCUAUGACGACAUGGCAGCCGCCAUGAAGGUCGUGACGGAGCAGGGCAAAAGCGGGCUGAGCAAUGAAGAGCGCAACCUGCUCUCGGUGGCCUAUAAGAACGUGGUGGGCGCCCGGAGGUCCUCGUGGCGGGUGAUGUCCAGCCUGGAGCAGAAGUCUGAGGACAACAACAAGACGGCCCUGGCCAAGGAGUACAGGGAGAAGAUCGAGAAGGAGCUCAAUGACAUCUGCAAGGAAGUCUUGGACCUGCUCGAAAAUCACCUGAUUUGCGAAACCACGCCUGCUGACAGCAAGGUAUUUUACCUGAAGAUGAAGGGCGACUACUUCCGUUACCUGGCUGAGGUGGCCUCUGGGGAGGACAAGGAGAACAUCAUCCAAAACUCGCAAAAGGCCUACCAACAGGCCUUGGACAUCAGCUACAAAGAAAUGGAUGCUACUCAUCCUAUUCGUCUCGGCCUUGCUCUCAACUUCUCCGUCUUCUACUACGAGAUUGUCAACUCACCAAACCAGGCCUGCGAUCUCGCCAAAAAGGCUUUCGAUGAGGCCAUCGCCAUGCUGGACUCGCUCAACAGCGAAUCCUACAAAGACAGCACCUUGAUCAUGCAGCUGCUCCGUGACAAUCUCAACCUGUGGAUGUCAGACAACCAAGGCGAUGCCGAGGGCGAGGAGGCGGAGACAGAGGCAGAACCGGCGCAAGAGGCGGCGGCGCCGGCGCAAGAGGCAGCGGCUCCGGCGGCUGCGGCCGACAAGAACUGAACUCUGGAAGAUUCAAGAAAAAUAAAUUUACAAGUUUUUUUUUGUUUUUGUUACCUCUCACCAGCCUAAGUUGUGUGCGCGGUUUUAUGUAUGUGUGUGCGUGCGUGCACGUACAUGCACACACAAGUAUGUUUACGCUCCACUCACAGUGUAGACUACAGUUUGUGUGCAGAAUCAUUGUGCAACGUAACAACACCUCUGCAUAUGAUUUAUACAAAUAUGUUUUUUUUUACUCAAUGUGUCAACCAAUGGAUGUUUUUUUUCAUUCGAAUUUUCGUAUGCUUUAGUCCCAAUGUAUUCCCUCCUUUUUUGGUCCAAAUCAGUCCCUUGUUUAUGGUAGCAAGCUGGCCACCAUGACAGGACAAAAAUCUCUUGACUAUAUUUUGAUACUUUGUAUGUUUUUACUUGAACAGAACAUUUGUGACACUUGGGUCAAAAAAACACUUCAACCAAGACAGAACAAAUAAAUGGUCACCGUGGUCAGAUUCUCGCUAAAAUUUUGGGUUUAGUUAUUGACGGGAGUAAACAAAAGGGUGCUGUUAUCAUCCCACACCACGUGGUAAAGUCCUCUUUUUACGGAAGGUACUUGUGUCACGGCUCAGUGGCUUCUAUGAGCGUCGCUAAGGUGUGAAUGAAUAUUUCUGCUUUUGUCCAUUAGGAACCAACAACAAACCGCUUGAUACUGUAACUUUUUUUUUAGACCUUUAAUCCCUCCAGCAGUGCGGAGGAAACUUUUUGCCAUGUGCUUUUAUGUGGCUUUCUACUUUUUCUAUUCAAGUGUUUUUGUAUUUGCUUUUCGUGUAUGUAAUUUACCCCGGGGAUGUAUGGUUUUCAGUAGUAUGGUGUGAGAGGUAGACGUGCUUCAAAAGUGGCACAUACUGAUUUUUAUUUUUUAUUUUUUUGCUUAAGAUUUAGCUUGAACCAGGUGAAACAUUUGCCGUCCUUUUGUGCAAAGAAAAAAAGUUGAUGUUAAUUUAAAUUAAGUCAAAACUAGGAAGCGACAUUUUGACCAUUUAGUCGACACAAAACAGUGCUGGUUUCUUAUAAUCGUGGUGGUUUGACAAAAAAAAAAGAUGGGAUGCAGGAUUCUAAACAUUUUGCAAGUGGCACUCUUUAAGUAUGUUAUUUGGUUAUGUGCUUUCAUGUGAGAUUAAUUAAAACAUUAAAUCCAA